GCGCUGCUCUCCAGUGCGCACGGAUCUGCAGAGCUGAGCUUCGGUACCGGUGCUGCUCUCUGACAAGUCCUCCGGGAAUGGAAAUGUCUUCUGUUGCAACUUUGACUUCCUAAAAUAAUUUUCAAAAUGCUAAGCAGAACGAACUCGAAGGGCGCUUUGAACAGGCUGGUGGCGGACAAGGCUGAAGAUCAGGGGAUGAGGUUAUAAAAACAACAGCCGACAAAGGAGGGAAAAAAAGAGGAAGACGAUUGCUUGGAAACUUUUGCUUUGCAUCAUCAGACCCUGCAGUCUUAAAAGUCACUGACUGACCCUGUGGAGUUUUACACACCCACAAAUACACACCAACUCUCACACCUCCCCUCACCACCAUGUCCCCCCACUCCAAUCAUCUUAUGCUUAUCCUCCCCGUCCUCCUCCAUCUCUUCUCCCCCUCCCUGUCCAUGCCCUCCACCUCCACUCCUUCCUCCUCCCUCCUCACCUUCUUCCCACCGGAGGGAGGUCUCACACAUUUGGUGGUUCACAACAAAACGGGCGAGGUCUACCUUGGCGCCGUCAACUGGAUCUACAAGCUGUCGAGCAACCUGACCAAGCUCCGAAACCAUGUGACUGGCCCAGUCACAGACAACCCUCGCUGUUACCCCCCGCCCGGAGUCCAGUCCUGCCCCCAUGAGCUGGUGCAGACCUCGAACAUCAAUAAACUCCUGCUCCUUGAUGCUGCCCACAACCGCUUAAUCGCCUGUGGAAGUACCUCCCAGGGAAUAUGCCAAUUCCUGCGUCUGGAUGAUUUGUUCAAGCUCGGUGAGCCCCACCACCGCAAAGAGCAUUAUCUAUCCAGCGUUGCAGAGGCAGGCACCAUGUCAGGUGUCGUGAUAUCCCCGGAUCUUUUUGGCGGAGGUGGGAAACUUUUUGUCGGUACUCCCAUUGACGGGAAAUCCGAGUACUUCCCUACGCUGUCGAGCCGCAAGUUGAUGUCCAACGAGGAGAACGCCGACAUGUUCAGCUUCGUCUACCAGGACGAGUUUGUCUCCUCGCAGCUGAAGAUUCCCUCAGACACGCUCUCCAAGUUCCCGGCAUUCGACAUCUACUACAUCUACGGCUUCAACAGCGAGCAGUUUGUAUAUUACCUCACCUUACAGCUCGACACCCAGCUCACCUCGCCAGACGCAAGCAGCGAACAGUUCUUCACCUCUAAAAUCGUCCGCCUAUGCGUCGACGAUCCUAAGUUCUACUCCUACGUUGAGUUCCCAAUCGGCUGCACCAAGGACGGAGUGGAGUACCGCUUGGUUCAGGAUGCUUAUUUGGCCCGGCCGGGGGCCCGUUUGGCUCAUUCGCUCGGUAUUGAAGAGCACGAGGAGGUUCUGUUCACUGUGUUCGCGCAGGGUCAGAAGAACAGGGCCAAGCCUCCCAAGGAGUCGGCUUUGUGUCUGUUCACUAUGAAACGGAUAAAGGAGAAGAUUAAAAAGAGGAUUCAGUCGUGCUACAGAGGAGAGGGGAAGCUCUCCCUGCCUUGGCUGCUCAACAAGGAGCUGGCCUGCAUCAACUCGCCACUGCAGAUUGACGACAACUUCUGCGGCCAGGACUUCAACCAGCCUCUAGGGGGCACCACCGCCAUCGAGGGCAUCCCUCUGUACGUGGACAAGGACGAAGGCAUGACCUCUGUGACGGCCUACGACUACCGGGGACACACUGUGGCGUUCACUGGCACACGCAGCGGACGCAUAAGAAAGAUCCUGGUGGACUCCGUUACCCAGCCUGCCUUGCUGUAUGAGAAUGUGGCGGUGAGCGAAGGGAGCCCCCUCCUGAGAGAUCUGCUCUUCAGCCCAGACCAUCAGUACUUAUACGCCCUCACUGACAAACAGGUGACCCGUGUACCGGUGGAGAGCUGUGAGCAGUACAGCUCCUGUGGAACUUGUCUCGGAGCAGGGGACCCUCACUGUGGCUGGUGUGUGCUGCAUAACGUAUGUUCGAGGAAGGACAGCUGUGAGCGAGCAGAGGAGCCUCAGCGUUUCACCACCAGAGUGGAGCAGUGUGUGCGACUCUCAGUCCAACCUGACACCGUCUCCGUCACCAUGUCAGAAGUGCAGUUGUCACUUCAGGCACAGAAUGUGCCCAGUUUGUCUGCUGGAGUGAACUGCUCAUUUGAGGACUAUGUAGAGACAGAAGGACGCAUCUACGGGGGACGGAUCUUCUGCCUGUCCCCUUCGACAAAAGAAGUGUUGCCCAUCACUCGAGACCAAGGUGAUCGACGCAUUAUAAAGUUGUAUCUGAAGUCGAAAGAGACGGGGAAGAAGUUUGCCAGCGUUGACUUUAUCUUCUACAACUGCAGCGUCCACCAAUCGUGCCUCUCCUGCGUUAACGGAAACUUUCCCUGUCACUGGUGCAAAUAUCGCCACAUGUGCACACAGGACGCCAGCGACUGCUCUUUCCAGGAGGGACGAGUCAACACCUCUAAGGAGUGCCCUCAGAUCCUGCCCUCUACUCAGAUCUAUAUCCCUGCUGGAGUCAUGCGGCCCAUCACCCUGCUGGCCCAGAACCUUCCUCAGCCUCAGUCUGGACAGAGGAACUACGAGUGCAUCUUCCACAUCCAGGGCAGCACACACAGCGUCCCCGCGCUCCGGUUCAACAGCAGCAGCAUCCAGUGUCAGAAGACCACGUAUGACUACGAGGGCGGGGACAUCGGUGACCUCCCCGUCAACCUCUCCGUGGUGUGGAAUGGGAACUUCGUCAUUGACAACCCCUCCAACAUUCAAGCCCACCUGUACAAGUGCAGAGCGCUGCGGGACAGCUGUGGUAUGUGCCUGAAAGCCGACCCCAGGUUUGAAUGCGGUUGGUGUGUCCAGGACAGGAAGUGCUCCCUCAGGCAGGAGUGUAACGGCGGAGGAAACUCCCACCUCCCUCUGCAGCUGGCUGAAGGGGGAGGGUGGAUGCAUGCCGCCUCUGGGAACAGCCGCUGCACCCACCCCAAGAUCACUAAGUUGUUCCCUGAGACGGGGCCUCGCCAAGGGGGCACCCGGCUGACCAUCCUGGGGGAGAACCUGGGUCUGCAGUUCAGAGACAUCCAGAUGGGCAUCAGACUGGGCAAGGUGCCCUGCGUCCCCAUCGAGGAGGAGUAUGUGAGCGCAGAGAGAAUAGUGUGUCUGCUGAACGACGCCACCAGCUACAGGGUACAGGAAGCCCCGGUGGAGGUGUGUGUGAGGGACUGCGUCAACGACUACAGAGCGCUGUCGCCCAGGCCCUUUACCUUUGUGACUCCAUUCUUCACCCGUAUCCAGCCUUCUCAAGGGCCCAUCUCUGGGGGCACCCGGGUCACCAUCGAGGGAAGUUCACUCAACGCAGGCAGCUACGUCUCAGUGGGCAUCGGACAGCAGCCCUGCUACUUCAAAAAGAGGAAUGCCAAUGAGAUAGUGUGCAUUACCCCAGCUGGAUCAGCCGUGAGCAGUGCGUUAGUCACUGUGGACAUCGAUGACGCUGAGCUCCAAAACCCUGAGGUGAAGUUUAACUACACUGAAGACCCCACCGUCCUGAGGAUUGAACCGGACUGGAGCAUUGCCAGUGGUGGCACUCUACUGACAGUGAGCGGGACCAACCUUGCAACCAUCCGAGAACCAAAAAUCAGGGCCAAGUAUGGGCAGGCAGAAUCCUUUCAUAACUGUACGGUGUAUAAUAACUCCGUCAUGGUGUGCCUGGCUCCGUCGGUAGCUGAUUCUGAGCUGGGCUUCUCCGACUCCGGCACAGGCCCGGAUGAGAUUGGCUUCUACAUGGACAACGUGAAGGCUCUGGUGGUGGUCAACGAGACGUUCAGCUACUACCCUGACCCCGUGUUCGAGCCGCUCAGCCCCUCAGGGAUACUGGAGCUCAAACCAACGUCGCCGCUCAUUCUCAAGGGUCGAAACCUCAUCCCCUCGGCUCCGGGGAACAGUCGCCUGAACUACACGGUGCUGAUCGGAGAGACUCCCUGCAUCCUCACCCUGUCUGAGAGCCAGCUGCUGUGUGAGUGGCCCAACCUCACCGGACAACACAAAGUCACGAUCCGUGCUGGAGGGUUCGAGUACUCCCCCGGGACUCUUCACAUCUACUCGGACAGCUUGCUGACACUUCCUGCCAUAAUCGGCAUCGGAGGGGGGGGCGGCCUGCUUCUGCUGGUCAUCAUCGCUGUGCUGAUCGCCUACAAGAGGAAGUCGAGGGACGCCGACCGCACAUUGAAACGUCUGCAGCUCCAGAUGGACAACCUGGAGUCCAGAGUGGCUCUGGAGUGUAAAGAAGCUUUUGCCGAGCUCCAGACAGACAUCCAUGAGCUGACCCAGGAGCUAGACGGAGCUGGGAUCCCCUUCCUGGACUAUCGGACUUAUGCCAUGAGGGUCCUGUUCCCAGGCAUCGAGGACCACCCUGUGCUCAAGGAGAUGGAGGUACGGGUCCAGGCCAAUGUUGAGAAGGCUCUGACGCUGUUUGGCCAGCUGCUGACCAAGAAGCACUUCCUGUUGACGUUCAUACGAACCCUGGAGGCACAGAGAUCGUUUUCCAUGAGGGACCGCGGCAAUGUGGCGUCCCUGAUCAUGACGGCGCUGCAGGGGGAGAUGGAGUACGCCACCGGAGUGCUGAAGCAGCUGCUGUCCGACCUUAUCGACAGGAACCUGGAGAGCAAGAACCAUCCCAAGCUGCUGCUCAGGAGAACGGAGUCAGUGGCUGAGAAGAUGCUGACCAACUGGUUUACCUUCCUCUUAUAUAAGUUCCUCAAGGAGUGUGCCGGGGAGCCUCUGUUCAUGCUUUACUGUGCCAUCAAGCAGCAGAUGGAGAAGGGCCCCAUCGACGCCAUCACAGGAGAGGCCCGCUACUCCCUCAGCGAGGACAAGCUCAUCAGACAACAGCUCGACUACAAAACACUGACGCUGCACUGUGUGAACCCAGAGAAUGAGAACGCCCAAGAGGUGACGGUCAAGUGUCUGAACUGCGACACCAUCACUCAGGUCAAGGAGAAGCUGCUCGAUGCGGUGUACAAAGGCAGCCCCGACUCACAGAGGCCCAAAGCCUCUGAUAUGGACCUGGAAUGGCGCCAAGGUCGGAUGGCCAGAAUCAUUCUGCAAGAUGAAGAUGUCACCACUAAAAUCGACAAUGACUGGAAACGACUCAACACUCUGGCUCACUAUCAGGUUACAGAUGGCUCACUGAUCGCCCUGGUGCCAAAGCAGAACUCUGCCUAUAACAUCUCCAACUCCUCCACCUUCACCAAGAGCCUCAGCAGAUAUGAGAGUAUGCUGAGGACAGCCAGCAGUCCAGACAGCCUACGAUCCCGAACCCCCAUGAUCACUCCUGACCUGGAGAGUGGAACCAAAUUGUGGCAUCUGGUGAAGAACCACGACCACUCGGACCAGAGGGAGGGGGACCGAGGCAGCAAGAUGGUGUCUGAGAUCUACCUGACCAGGCUGCUAGCUACAAAAGGCACGCUGCAGAAGUUUGUGGACGACCUGUUUGAGACCAUCUUCAGCACGGCACACAGAGGCAGCGCUCUGCCGCUGGCCAUCAAGUACAUGUUCGACUUCCUGGACGAGCAGGCCGACAAACACUCCAUCACAGACUACGAUGUACGGCAUACCUGGAAGAGCAACUGUCUUCCUCUGCGGUUCUGGGUGAACGUCAUCAAGAACCCUCAGUUUGUAUUCGACAUCCACAAGAACAGUAUCACGGACGCUUGCCUGUCUGUGGUGGCCCAGACUUUCAUGGACUCCUGUUCGACGUCAGAACACAAACUGGGAAAAGACUCACCUUCAAAUAAGCUUCUCUACGCUAAAGACAUCCCCAACUACAAGAACUGGGUGGAAAGGUAUUACUCGGAUAUCUCCCGCAUGCCAGUCAUCAGUGAUCAGGACAUGAGUGCCUACCUGGCAGAGCAGUCCCGCCUGCACGUCAGCCAGUUCAACAGUAUGUCGGCGCUGCACGAGAUCUACUCCUACAUCAUCAAAUACAAAGAUGAGAUCCUGUCGGAGUUACAAAAGGACGAGCAGUCGCGCAGACAGCGGCUACGCGGCAAGCUGGAACAGGUCAUUGACACCAUGGCGCUGGCUAGCUGAGGACCGGCCAAUAGCAUGCCUCGGCUAGGGGAGAACUGGCCAACCAACACGCCUUCCCUGACAACCUUGUGACAUUUUUUAAACCUCUACAUUUGAAGUCUGUCGUCAUCACGCUCACAAACAACGGCAGCAGGAAAAGACUGCAGGGACGCCAGCAGCAGCACACUGGAGAGAUAGCAGAGUUGGGAACUAAGGGUUGGCUUUUAUUUUUUUCUCUGAGCCCCGAACAACCAAAUCAAGCGCACCCACAGUGGAUAUGGACCUCAGCUCAGGAGAGCGCUUAUUUUCAUCAUGGCCCCCAUCACAUUUAGAGUCCUACGGGUGCAGCAGUUGGGCACUUUGGCCCCAAUCAGGACCGGAACAGGCACAUUGGUGACCAAAAACUCAACGAGCUGGAUAUAAAACUAAAAAGCUAUGGGAAAGCCAGUAGCUCUCCACAGCUUAAAGCUACGGUUCAGACUGAGAACCAAUCAAAAUCCAGGAUAUAUAAAGCUGCCGCGACUGCAGAGCAACCAGAAGGAAUUACUUUGCAGGGAAACUUCCUCCAGUACGGACUCUCCAACCCUCUAUCCACAGGAAAUCCACUGAAGUCUAACAAAGAACAUGUUCAGUUUCAUAACUCUGCAUUUGAUCCCCCCCCCCCACUGGCUAUUCUCCCCAGUGCUGUGCCACUUGUGUUACUGCUGAAUUUGCACAACAAAGCUAAAUCAAAAGAGAGAGGAGGAUAUAUGAAUAUAUAUAUAUAUAGAUAUAUAAAUACAAAACAUUUUGUUGAAGAAAAAAUGUUUUCCAUUUUAAUGUACAAAAGAUUGAGAAGAAGAUUUGAUAUUUCCAAGAAAAAACAUUAUGAAAAGAAGAGGAAAAAGUCGUCCUGUGCCAUGUUUUACUUUGAAUGUCGUUUAGUGCAAAGAGACUUCUUUUUCGUUAGAUGAAAUGUGCUAUGAUGAAAAAUGUUGUCAUGCUUUGUGACUGACAGUGAGAGUUUAAAAAUAGGUAAAUGGCAAAAAUAUAUAUAUUACAGACAGUUUCUAUAUUUCAUGAGGUCCUGGGACCUUUGUGUGCUACGUUCUUGGCUCUUAAGGUAGUAAAAAUACAAUUGGUGUACGUGAGCCGACCACCCUUCAGUGCUUUGUGCUUGUUUUAGAGGAACCAAAUACACCAAGGCCUGGUUUAGCUGAUUGAAAUGACAGUAAAGUCAUUUUGUGGAAGCAAGGAACAACUUUAGAGGCAGCAGGUGGUCAUAUGAACAGUUGAAUCCAGCUUCUUCAUCUUGUCGGCUUCUCUUGUCUGAAAAUGUGUGCACGCCGAAAACGAAGGUCUGCAGAAGAAGGUGAACCAGUAUUGUCUCAUAUCUGACUUGUUUUCUGGUAAAAACGGUAAAGCUCAAGGUUCCACUUUUGAAAUGUGAAUGUGGUUUUAAGUGUGUUUGUACCAGUUGAAGGCCUUUCUUUUCUUUUCUUUUCCUUUUCGUCGUUUCAUAAGGAUACAAAAAGCAGCGUUUCUUUCCAAUGGGUCCACAUUUCCUUGCAGUGCUUCAAAAAACAUUCAUAAACAAGAGAUAGGAAUAACCAGAUUACGACUCCUGUACUUAUCCCUGAAUGUUUGGUUUAGAAAAACUAAUAGCAAAAAAAGUGACAAAUGUAGGAUCAAAUGCAGCACAACACGAUUUUCAAGGAAACUGUUACAGGUGCCUCAAAAUGAUUUUCCUUUCCUUCCUCUUCUCAGUGCUUCCCUCUGAUUGUGUUCCCCCAUGUGAGACAGUGGGAAGUCUUUAAUCAGCUGAUACCAGACUCCUCUGUUUCAGUCCAGAUCAGAUAGAAAAGAGCUCUGCAGGUGCAUCAGGAACCUUGCUGAAAAAUGCCAGUUGUUUCUGACAUAGAAAUUGUGACUGCAGUGAAUCAAAAGAAAACUCCCAGCUUUCAAGCACUUUCACUAAAGACCUGCUCACUUCCUGUUUUGUCAUUUCCCAAUGCUAUCGCAUCCAACUAGCAUAUAUUGGAUUAUUUGCUCAUUUCAAGAUAGUAAAUAAAUAUAAUGUUCUCUGAUGGUACAUUCACAUACUCAAGGAAUAAUUGUAAACUUAAAAAACCAAACAGUUGUUUAAAAGUAGUUGAUAAGUUAUAUUCAAAAUAAUACAUAUUUUGUUUGUUCAAGUGACAUUAACCGUAGAAGUAGCUAGCAGUUCUUUAGCACAUUUUAAAGCCAUCGCCUUCUUUGUUUUUUCCUUUUUUUGUCGGGGUGUACUCACCAGAGUACUUACCAGAGUACUCACCAGAGUACUCUGGUGAGUACACCUGCUGUCAAAUGUAAACUCCGGUUUAAAAGUCAAUCAUUUCCCUAUAGAUUUAAAAUGAUUAUACAACCCUUUAAAAAUCCAGAUCUUUAGGUAUUAGCCUCUAGUUCUCAUCAACGUGCUGUGUUUUGAUCUGACAGCAAAUAUGUGUCUGGACCGAAAGAAAUGUACUGCAUGUGCUCCAAUACUUGAACUACUGAUGUACACAGGGUAAAACAACAUACAGACCAAAGCUUUAUCCAUUCAAAUCAGGAGAACAUCUCCAUGACAAGAGAUUAUUUUUGAUCCACCUGCUAUUCAGUUCUUCCGCUAAUUGAUUUGAUCACUCAGCUAUAGUCAUUUAAAUACCCCACUCUUUGACGUCAUUAAGUGUCUUUAUGCUUGAUGAAUGGUGACAUUGAGGUUACUUCCAUGUACAACUCAUUAACUGUUCAAUUUGUAUGAAUGACAUGGACCUCUGUUUCGAUGUUUCACUGCAUAUCACUGGCUUCAUUUUUCUUUUGAUGGAGAUUUGUGACAAUGAUUUUAGUGGUGUGCAAACAGUAAUGAGGCUUAGUUAGUGAGGUAAUGUGAAAAAAAGUUCAGUAAGGCACGAUAGGAGGCCCAUUUGUUCUCUGGUGCCUUUGUUUCUUAGUUUUGCUUCUUUUUUUCUGCUUCAACACUUGUUGGGGUAAAAGAUAAAAAGACUUAGGCAUGGCAGAGGAAGCGCUUUGAAGGCCAUGGUACUGCUUCAUUUUAAAUUCCGUUGCAUCUGUGGCGUUCGACUUCUACACAGAAAGAGACAGUGGUGGAGGAGGGAGGAGGGGGGUGGAGGAAAAGGCUCUCUCGAUGAUUGGCGAACACAGAACUGUUCACUGCCUUGUCUGGCUCUUCCCAUACUGAAAAACAUGUAUUUUUUAAGAGUGUUACAUACUAGUGCAAUAUUUUUGUGAAAUGUGCUCAUUUACUUUCUUUCCGAGACUGAGAUGAGAAGUAAUCCAAUGUCAGGACAAGAUUAGCCUAGAUUAGUGCGCAAAACGAAAGAGCUAACCCGGCUUUGUCCAUAUAUUCAAAAAUAUGCAAUGUUAAAUGCUGGCUAAUUAAGCGAACCCAUUUAUUUACCCUUUAGCAUACAUGAUGUCAAAUGUUAUGUAUAAAGUGACAUGAAACUAUUUUGCGCACAGUGACUAGUCGAGAAAAAUUGUGUUUAUAUUAUUAUUAUUAUUAUUAAUAAUUAAUUAUUAUAACAAAAUGUGUGUCACCUUACUUGAAACCCUCCCUGCUUUAGCCCUUAUGCAAGGCUAACUACAACCUGACAUUUACUUAACAGGGUUUAACAUGCAGAGAAAAUAUAGAUUGAGGGAGCCAUUAUCCGGGCGCCGUAAUAAUGGCAGCCCCCUGCUCCUAACACUAGGAUGGGUCAAAUGCAGAGAAACCGUUUCGUUACAUAGUACCUGUACUACGUAAUGACAAUAGGUUGAAUCUAAUCUAAUUAUCAUCCUACUCUUGAAGAAAAAGUGGACAAGAAAGAUGUAAGUAGAGUGCAGACCUCCAUGGCCAAGGGUAUAUUUAAGUGCUGGGAAGUAUAUCUUUAGACAGAAAACAAAACAUGGAUGGUUAAAAGAAAAUGUGUUGUUAAUGCUCAGAGCAACAACACUUAUUUCUUACCAAGUAGAGAGGAUUAAUACCAAGAGUCAUAACUGUCCGUUAACUGUAUGGCUAAAGCCAGGAUGUAGUUAGCUAGCUUAGCAUAACGACUGGAAACAGUGAAAAGGAGCUAGUUUAUUUAUGUUGGAAGGUUAAGAAAAGUGUACCACGUGCACUGCUUAGCUAUAGCUUGUAGACACACUUUAGCUGGGUUUUUUUACUUUAAGAAAGACCUUGUUUGUUUUUUUUUCCCUGCAUCUAGUUGUACUACAAAGCUAAGCUAAUCUUAGCGUAGCUAUAACUUGCAAUUUAGCAUACAGAUAUGACAGUAGUUUUAUUAUCUUACUCUCAGCAAGAAAGUUAGUAGGAGUGUUUUUUAAAAACGUUAAACUUUUCUUUAGAUUAAAAAUUAAUAAUACAUCAGGGAACCAACAAAAAUGUUUGGUAUAUUCCGAAAGCCAUGUCUAAAUAUAUUCUGACGUGUGUGUGAAAUGUACUUGUUUUUCAGUAUGUGCUGCACCUUCCAACAUGGUGCCUCCUCAGACCCAUAUAAACACUCCAACGCACAACUUUAAUACUCAAUGUGCCCUUUAUGAUCCUCCACAACAGCAACGUUCAGUUUCUCAUCCCUCCAGUUCUCUCCGGCUGCCUCACCUGCUGAGUUCACUUUAAUUUAAGUACAUUUCAGAGAAGAAGCAUAGGACGGGAAAAAAAAAUCACCCACAAAUUAAAGAAGAGAGUUAGAAAAAAAAAAAAAUACCUUACAGAGUUUUAAUACUUUAUGAAUUCUGAUACCUUUUUAAGAGUUUCAGAUUUGAAGCUGCUGUGACAGGUUUUGGCUGUUUCACGCCUGUGUACAUAUCCUGCUCUUUCCUAUUUUGCAGAUUUAUUACUUGUAAAUAGACACGCAUCAAGGAGAGAUUAAACAUGUUUUUUGCUAAAUCU